GGUUUAACCAUUUUGACCAAAUUCCCAAAAGGCAAAGAAAAAGUUGCUGGCUCCCACGUUGGAAGUUCCAAACCCCACAGUCAAAUCAAAUUCACAAGGGCUAAAAUAGUAAUUUCAACACGCAGACUAAACUAACACCCACACUCACUAACCAGUAACCAAUACAACACUUUCCAGACACACAAGGCAUUAUAACCAAACAACAAGGGUAUUAUAGUACUUUUACUGGUCCCCUCUCUAUGUUGUUGUCUGAGACAAUGAUUUUCCGUUCAAGAAUGGCUUGCAUAGUUGGCAAUGUCCUUCUUCUCCUUUACCUUACCAUAACCAUGGAUCCGUACUCUUAACUUCUUCCUUUUCACUCUUUCUUCUUUCUCUUUGGCGGUUAAACUGCUUCAAUCCACAUACCUACCUACUUUCUCUAUCUAAUUACUCCAUCAAAAUCUCAUCUUUAUCUCUCUUUCAUUCCUUCAUUUAUUGCUUCUAUUUGCAUUCAUUAUUAUCUCUACAUAUUCAUUGGUUUCAGAACAAGUUAUUAAGAAAAAUAAAGGGUACUUUUUUGGGUUUUCAAAGAUGCCUCUGGUGAGAUUGCAGGUGAGAAAUGAGUUUGGUUUAGGGGUACCUGAGCUCUAUAGAGAUGCUAAUAGAGAUGACCCUAAAGCGGUUCUUGACGGUGUUGCUGUUGCUGGACUUGUUGGGAUCUUGAGGCAACUUGGUGAUCUUGCUGAUUUUGCAGCAGAGGUUUUCCAUGGUCUGCAGGAGCAAGUGAUGACAACAUCUUCUAGGAGUCAUAGAUUGAUGAUUCGUGUUCAAAACAUUGAAGCUGCCCUACCUCCUUUGGAGAAGGCUGUAUUGGCACAAACAAGUCACAUACAUUUUGCCUACACAGCUGGUUGUGAAUGGCAUCCACGCAUAAAAACUGCUCGAAAUCAUUUCAUAUACAAUGACUUGCCUCCCUUUAUUAUGGAUUCAUAUGAAGAAUGCCGUGACCCUCCACGAAUGCACUUGCUUGAUAAAUUUGAUACCGGUGGCCCAGGAUCUUGCUUCAGAAGAUAUUCAGAUCCAACCUUCUUCAAGAGAAUGUCUGCAGCUUCAGAAGAACGAUACUCUGAGAAGACCGAAAAGUCUAGGAAAUCCCGUAAAAGCAAGAAGAGACGGUCAUCACGAAGGAACAGCGAAGUUUUGAGGGGUGAACAGAUGCAUGGAAAUAGUGGCAGAAUGCAAUUUAUUUCUCCCUCAAUCAAUGGACGAACUUCCUCCCAAACAGCCUCCACGAUAGACAUGACAAUGAAGUCUGAUGUGGAAGACCGUUCAAAUUCUUUUGAUUCAAAGUCUGGCGCUGGCUACAUUGAAUGUGUUUUCCAUCCAAGUAAUCCUAUGCAACCUGAUGAGCAGGAUUGUGAGGAACCAUCCUCUUCAAGGUUGAAACCGAAAACUGAUACUCUUAAGUCAGUAUCUCCCCCUAUAGAUGAUACUAUUUCACAUGAUUCAUUGGAAAAGCAAGCUGCGUCUUGUUCAUCUGGUGUAACUUGGGAUGAAAAGGAAGAGAUAUUGGAAUCCAAUAGUCAAGCCUGUGAGACAGAUAAAACUCCAGAGAUGCUUGUGGAAAAACACGACUCGGAUAUACAUGUGAAUGAGCCUGUUAACAUAGCAAAUAUUGAUUACAAUGAUAUUCUAUUUAAUGAAGAAAGAAACCUGAAACCAGUGUUAAGAGAGAUUUCAGCAGAAGAUAUUGAUAGUGGACCUGAUAAUGAUAAUUUCAUGGAUGCUCUUAACUCCAUUGAUUCAGAAUCUGAAGUUGAUCUUGACUAUGAAACAAAACGAGAGGUGCAGCAAUUUGCCUCACAUGUCACUCGAGAAAUGGUUGAAAAUGGAGGUACUGAAGCUCCUCCUAAUUUAUUUGACAACGUAAACAAAGAAACAAGCAAGGAUAUUCCUGACUCGCUACAAGAAAAUCCUCCUCUCAUAUCCGAGUCAUAUGCUUCUAAUUUGGGAUCAACAAGUACACCAGAUAGUCCUCAUAUUGAAAAGGUGACCAAAGACACAUUUUACUCUAACAAAGAAGGAACCAAUGAUUUGCUUGACUUGCUGCAAGAAAUUCCUCAUCUCACCUCAGAACCAAAUGCAUCUGAUUUGGGACUUACGAGUCCAUCAGAUGUUUCUUACCGAAAAGAAACAUUUGGGAAUUUUCCUGAAUCGCUACUAGAAAUUCCUCCUCUCACAUCAGAGCUACAUGAAUAUGAUUUGGGAUAUGUGAGUCCAUCAGAUGUUUCUGCUAGCAAAGAAAUAUCCAAUAAUGUAGCUGAUUCUCAUUCCUCUGAGAGUCCCAUCUCUGAAAGGGAUCCUCACACGCAUGAGGGUUCUGCUUUGGAUCACUUAGUAGGGACUCAUACCUCCAUCAGUUCUCCUACCGUUAACAACACAGAAUCAGCACCCGUUGGAACUGAUACAUCAUUUUCUGGCUCAGAAUUACCAGAUGAAAAUGCAGGUGAGAUCAAUAAUAUCUUCAAAUAUGAAGACACACAUAAAGAGUCUUUCAGUGAUAAUUCGGUUAGGUUCUGGACUAAUGGUGGAUUAUUAGGACUUGAGCCAUCAAAACCUCCCGACUUUACCAUGCCAAGUUCCUUAAACCAAGGUUCUUUGAGUGAUGGUUCACUUGGCAAUUCAGUGCAAAAGAGCAAUGGUCUGACUUACAAAGAGGGACAUGAAUUAUCAGAAAAAGUUGCUCGACAGAUUCCUAAGGAAUCAAGUUCUAGACAUGACAACCAGGCUUGUACAUCUGAAAAUACCUCUUUCGGUUCUCAGCAUAGUAAUGGUCACACUAAGAGGAACAGUUUGGCGGAAGUCAAUGUAACUGCACCUGGAACUGAUCUAAAAGCUUCUGCUGACUCAAACGUUUGUGCUGAACCCAACCAGGGAAACGGUGAAAACUCGUCGCAGAUGUUUGGACUUGGUCAUAGAUUAUUAUUAAAAAGCUUCAACCGCAAGGUUUCCUUUGAUGAAAAAUCUGGACCUUAUAGCUCUUUGAAAUCUGUUAUAUUGGAGCAGAGUGAACAAAAUGCCGUUGUAAAACAGUCACAACAUCCCGAGACAACCUUCAAAGAGAAAGUUAGUUUCAGAUAUCCUAUAGAUUCACUCCCUCCUUCACCGCCACUUGAACAUAUGAAAAUAUCCUUCCAACCUCUUAGUGGACUUGAAACCUCCAAGCUAAAACUUCAAUUUCCUGAUGGCGGUAAUCAUCGUGAAAGUAUAACGGAUAUGUUUCCUUCGUUCCAAUUGGUCCCAGAGUCUUCCAUUCCUCUGGACGAUUCAGGCUCUCACUCUGAUGGUGAUGACACUUUCUGUAGAUCAUCUCCUUGUGUAUCAGAUGAUUGCCAUACCCCUCGCUCGAACUAUGAUUCUGAUCAGUGGGACUCUGAUGAAACUCCUGAAAGUAGUGACCAUGGCGUAGAUGAUUCUCCUCACAGAAGUUCGUCAACUGAGUCUACCUUAAGUACCAAAGAACAUGAAAGAGUGUCCAAUAAAGACACUGACAUAAAAAAUGAACAUAUGAAUGGUGUGGAACCUUCCUUAUCCGGGCCUUUACUUGAUUUUCCAAGUUUUGAAAACGUGAAUCACGUACUUGAGGAGGAAAGUAAUAGACAUCAUGAAUGCAGUAAUGAUGUUAUGCCGCAUAGUCAUGCAGAGCCUACUCGACCACCACCUCCUCCUCCAGUUCCUCCAACACAAUGGAAGGUCGCAAAACCACAAUUGGAUAAGUCAAAUGAGAGACAAAAUUCUAUGUCUGAAGAUGCCAAACAUGUUAGUGAUCGAAGUCUUCCAGAAUCUACUAUCUUCCAACAACCUAGGCAUGCCGAGGUUGAGCAAAUACAGCUUAAUCACGAUGUUCACGAGUCUUAUGACACUAUCAUACAUAAAUUGAAGGAAAAGCUUGGUCCACAGAAGUUCAAUGGUCAGAAGCAAGCAAACAACCAGUUGAGAAUGGGAAAAGAGAUGGAUGAAAGAGAAGAUUUCCUUUAUCAAAUCAGAACCAAAUCCUUCAACCUGAGGCCUACAGUAACAGGAAAGUCAAAUGCUACCGCAGGUCCCACAACAAACGUCCAAGUUACAGCUAUUUUGGAGAAAGCGAAUGCAAUCCGCCAGGUUGUCGCAAGUGAUGAUGGCGAAGACGACGAUGAUAACUGGAGCGAUACAUGAUUUCUUUUUCUUUUCUAUUUUAAAAUUCUUUCAAUUUUCAUACAUGAGUAGUCAUCUGUAUCUUUUAGCCUCUCCUCUCGACGUGAAGUUGCAUGCAGCUUUGUUGUAUGUACACAUGUGUGAAUAAAUCUAGUCUAUUUUUGUUAUUAAUAGUGCAGCAGCUGUUAGUUUCCUUAA